AUGAUUCAAUGGAAUUUAGAUUAUUUUUACAUGGAAAUAAUAAAAAUUCUAGAAGUAUCAGAGGAGCUGCGUACCUCUCUGACGAGCGACAAAGCGCGGAACAAGGAACUCUUCCAGAUGGUGCACGUUCUACUUCCAAGUUUGGUGAAGGUUGCUGUUGAUCCCCUGAUCGAUUAUCUCGUUGAUAAUGAUGUUUUGAGUUCGGAAGACUUAGAUGACUUGUGUAUCGAUUCCAACCUGACGAAGAUGACUAGACUGACAUUGCAUAUGGAUGCACUCCCACUACUGAGAAUUAAUAAUUAUUUUUAUUCGCUGCGUGCAGUUAGCAAGGAAGAUUGGGAGAGAUCCUACGCCAAGCAUUUCGAGAUGUUGGAAUUUGACUGCGGUCUCGUUGAUGACGACCUGCUUGGAAGCUCCCGAAGGCAGUCCCUGUCCUCCCCAUUGAGAAAUUCAUCGGGGCCUCUACCAUCAUUACCACCAUCACAAUUAUCAUCACAACCACCACCACCAUCAUCAUCACAACCACCACCACCAUCAUCAUCUUCGUCAUCAUUUGUCACGCCUUGUGACGAUCCCAUAGUAACGAAAGCAGAUAACAGUAAUGAUUGUGUUGAUUUGAUGAAUAACAAUCCAGGAGUUAGUAACAGAAGCAAUGAACUUAAUGAUUUGAAUGCACCAGUAUCGAAAGCAGCUUCAUUUCGUCACAUCAACAGCUUACAGUUUGAUAGGAUGCACCAAAGUUUGGCCCCGGCCAAAAUCCGGCUUUUUUUAAAUCUGGCCCGGCCGGACUUGGUGGCAGGAUUUAGAGCCGGAUUUAAGCGUCUAUCAACAUUUAAAAAUAUACAACAACAAAACCAAAAUACUAAAUCUUCGCUGUCUAGCAAAAGUUCAAAUAUUUCAGUGUCAUGUAAUUCAAACCUCAACGAUGAACUACCAUCUUGUGAGCCUACACUCACACUUGAUUUAAAAACUGAUUUCGAUGAACAAGAAACACAACAGCCACAGCUUCAGCAGCAGCAGCCAUCUUUUUCCUGCUCUGACAAUGGUUGCUCUUCGUGCGUUGGAAAACAAACAACCGUUACAUCUAGUUUAUCUAGCAACAAAAUCAGCAGCGGGUGCAGCAACCACAGCAGUAGCUGCAGUCAGGAAUUUGUUCUCAUUCCAAAUGUUCUCAAAAUUAAAAACAUGACUGGUGCUAGUAAGGUGGAUGUCUUCAGGAAGUUUGAAGCUUUCCAUGAUUAUAUAGUAAAGAAUAAUGUGGAGAAAAUAAAUAACGACGAGGCUACGAUAACGUUUAAUAACGGCGAACAUGCUCUCCUGUUCAUGGACAUCUACAAAGGUAGGCGUUCUCUCUAUGUACGUUCUUCCAUCCCACACCUCGCAAUGUACGUACAGUACACACGCCGCAUCCCCUACGUACGCUGUUGUACGUUGUUGUACGCUGUUGUACGCCGUUGUUGUACGCUGUUGUACGCCGUUGUUGUACGAGUACUCGUGAGAGUCAAACCGGCGGAGAACCGCAAUGCGUUUCGAACCGCCGAGAUUUGGGGCAAAAAAAAAGAGAUAAAUUUUCCGAAUACUCACAAACUCAUGCAUGUGUGGGCCAAUAUAGAAGGUGACCACGUACAACAAGCUACCGAACUGCACCAAUGA